GUGAUAUAAGAGCCGGCAUAACACGAAAUACAAAAUUAUUUUGUGCUGACAGACAAUAAAUUAAUUAAACUCAAAAUAAUUACGGGUUUAUUGUUAUUGUUCUUACAGACUUCACUUCGUGCCAUAAACUGAAAUAAAUCCAAUGUGACACUGAUAACAUGCACAUAGUCAGAUCGGUGCGCGCUCCCCACGUUCUUAGUCGCAUUUUAAGUGGUAUAGGGUAUCCGCCAAAUCAGUUUAACCAACUGUUUGCAAACAAUCAAACGUUUGAUUGUAUGUAUGUGUGUUUGCACUUGUCUUUGACAUUUGAAAUUUUGAAUUCCGUGCAAUCGGCAAAUUGUUCUCCGAACGCCAAGGCGAAAACAACGUGCAAUGCGCUUUGUAACAUAAAAGUUUUCAAUUAUCUUACAAACAUUUAAAGAGCAAUCAGUGCAGCGCAUCGAAGUUCGAUGAUGACAUCCAAGCAGCCACAUCCAAAUAAAUCCACUCAACGAUAAGAUUAACCGACAGAUUGUAUCAGCUUGAUGGAUUCCAAGAAGCGCAAUUCGCCUGUCUGUAUUUAAAAUCCAAAUAAAAGGAUGAAGGAAUGGUUCAAAAUAUCCUGCCUGCUGUGCGUCUUUGGCUUUGUACGCGAAAUUCGUCCCUCAGAGCCCUACGUCACGGAAUUUAUUUUGGGUCCAUGGCGCAAUAUUACAGAGCAACAGCUUGUACAAGAUGUGUAUCCAGUGGGCACCUACUCAAACCUGGUUCAAUUGGUAUUCGUUUUUCUCAUAACCGACUUUCUGCGCUAUAAGCCACUGAUAAUAACAAUUGGUGCUGCUGGUGUGAUCAUAUGGAGCAUGCUCAUUUGGACGACCAGUUUGCUGUCAUUGCAGAUCUUGGAAUUCUUCUAUGGUACUUAUAUGGCCGCCGAAGUGGCCUACUAUACGUAUAUCUAUGCCAAGGUGGACAAAAAGUAUUAUCCACGAGUUACAUCCCACACUCGGGCUGCAAUGUUUGGUGGUAAGCUAAUCUCAGGCAUAACAUCGCAGCUUAUGAUCAAUCUGGAACUGAUGGACUACAAGCAGCUCAACUAUAUAACGCUGACCACACAAAUCAUAGCAAUGCUGUGGGCCUUCGGUCUGCCUAAGGUGGACAAGAGCUUGUAUUUUCAUCGUGAAGCAAAUGCGAUUGAGUCCACGCCCGAAGCACGCAGGACAUCACAACUACAGGUGGAAACACAGGUAGAAUCAGUCGACUCUGAUAUGGCCAGUCAGCAGACAAUUAGACCGGCUAUGCGCCUGCUCUGGCAGCACUUCUCCAAUGCCUACACAAAUCCGCGAGUGGUGCAGUGGAGUUUGUGGUAUGCGCUGGGCUUUGCUGGCUAUCUGCAGGUUAGCUACUAUAUGCAGGUACUUUGGAAGACUAUCGAACCAAAUCCACAGAUUGCGUGGAACGGCGCUGUAGAUGCCGUACUGACCGCUCUAGCAGCAAUGACUGCUCUGGCCGCAGGAUAUCUGCAUAAUGAUCGUGUGAGGCCACGAGUCAGUUUGCUGGUGCUAUCGUUGCUAUCUGCAUUGGAAGGUGGCAGCAUCUUAAUCUGCUGCUGGACUCAUGAUAUCUAUUGGUCCUAUGUGGGUUUUGUGAUCUUUGGCGCACUCUAUGGCUUUACUAUAACUGUGGCCAGCGCUGAAGUGGCACGUAAUCUACAGGAGGAAAGCUUUGGUUUGGUCUUUGGCAUUAAUACACUACUCGCUUUGGUCUUUCAAUCGCUGCUUACCGUCAUUGUUGUCUCGGAAACUGGUUUUGAGCUCGCUCCUGUGGGACAGUACACGGUCUAUGCUUUUUAUUUCAUUGCUGUGGCAAUCAUAUAUUUAAUAUCGGUCCUCACAGAGCAUCUGUGGAACCGCAGAUAUGAGAAAGACCAGCUAAAAACCAUUAAUUUAGAAUAAAUCUAAGCAGUGGCAUGCGUAAGAAUUGCGAAAGUAACUUAAUCAAUCUAUUUCAUAUUACAAUUUUUUUCACAGUCUUCACUCUAUGUUUUGACUGCUUCUCCUAAUUAACGUACAAGUUUAAAGAGCUUUUAUACUUUGUAAAGAAACCCGCAUCCGUCUGCAAAUGUUGUUGGAUUGUUCUUUUAAGUAUUAUUUCACAUUUUGAAUAUUUUAUUAGUAAACUUUUAGAAAUUAAUGUUUGUUAAAAGUUCAGUUUUUGCAAUUCUCGCGCUCGCCAUUGAAAAUGAGCUUUUUGUACUUAAUAGCUCUUGUUUGUAAGCGGUCACAAUAUAAUAUAUAUAUAAUUUUAUUCGCAUACAUAGCAGUGCUAUAUUUAAAAUGAUAUUUUAAUCAUGCUGUUCGAUGCUUCAACCACAUUUUUCAAAACGCAACAUUAAAUGUUCCAAGAAAUGAUGUACAAAUUAAAAUGAUUACUAUUAUUAU